AUGUUAUCAAUUAUCGCCCGGUGUGAAAGAAAUAUGGCAUGGACGACAGGAUUCUCUGACUUUGGAAAUGACUGGCAAGAAGAUGUGAUCGCCCCAAAGAUACAGUCUCAUAAACAUCCUCGUACUCAUCAACAGAACAAUGGAGGCCCAAGUACUAGUAAUGCCCCAAGCUCUGGAGGGAAGGCAGCAAUUAGUGACUUGUCACCAGGAGUAGGAAAUACCAGGAUAGUUGGGGUGAUAUUGGCCAAGGAAGAAGCUAAAUCUUUCACAAGCAAGAAAAAUCCAGGCACUGAGAGGUUCCUGUUGAACUUUUCAAUACGAGACAGUCCUGCACAAUUCAUUAAUGCUACAUGUUGGGGUGGCAAAGAACAUAUCCACGAUCUCGCUGCAAUGUUCCAUAUUGGAGACAUAGUUGAGGUGAUCAAUGCCCAGAUACAGACUAAACGAGGAGAUAACAUGGAUGAUAAAUUCAGACCGUGGACUCCAAGUCCAUAUGUAUUGAACAUAAGUGAACAGCACUCCACAGUGAAACUCUACGGAGAUUGGGAUCUCAGCGAGUAUAACACACUGUUACAUAUCCCUAUCAAGCCUCAUAAUGAUUUCUACACACUCUUAGAUGUUGUCACUAACGGACAGAAUUUAAAUGGAGAGUUGAUCAACCUGCUAGUAGCUAUUAAAUCAAUUGGAGCUGUUAAAGAGAUUGUAACAAAGUCAGGCAGACAUACCAAGCGUUGUGAGAUCAAGUUGUUUGAUGACACUAACACUACCCUAGCUUUAGUACUGUGGGAUGAAGAAAAUAUAAAUCUGACCGUGCAAUGGACUCCAAAAGAUACAGUCCUGUUUAUUGCUGAUGUUCGAGUGAAUUAUGAUGACUUUAGAAAGGGAAUGUUAGCAUCUGCAAACUCUAAGACAAUCUUCACCAUAAAUCCAGACACCCAGGAGGCACAUAGUCUUUACCAGUUUGCCCAGACUGCUGAGUUCAGUGAGGAAACAUCAGGAAAUUAUGAGAGCACCACCAUUGAUUUGGAUGCAAACUGGUUAACCAAAUCUCAGCUGGAUGCUGAGCCCACUUGCUUGAAUGCUGGGGAGGUCACUGCCAAGUAUCACAACAUGCUCAAGUUACAAACACUGUAA